UGAUACAUUACUUGAACAAAUUCAUUUCUAAUGUGACAAGGGUUACUCAUGUAGUUACAACCUCACUGAGAAUUAUAACCCAACUCUGCCUUUCCCCUGGCUUAGUAGACCCUUUUAGCCUUUUUGUGGCCCAUAAGCUCCAUUGUCACCAACCUCAUGUCCUGUCUCAGGCAGGCAGCUGUGAUAUAUUACAUUAAAAAAACACCUGCCUGCCCAGCAUCAAACAGCAGACUGAGUUAGCACCUGGGCUAGAGGAACACUUAGUAGCGAAGGUGCCAGGUAUUUCUCUCAGGGUUUGGUGGAGACCAAAGCAGAGCUUUACUAACUUAUAGACUUACAUCCAUCAGGUGGUGAAACACAACAACAAAAUAUUUGGCAAAAUAAUGUAAUGUAACGUGAUUCAAUAAGCAGACCCCUUGUUGUUACCUUGAUGUUGCUUUGCGAUGCAGUUUGUUAUGUAAUAUUUGAUUCAUAUUUCAUUGCAUUAUGAUGGAACAGGGAAAACUAAAACCACAGCAUGGUUUGCAAAAAGAUCAGCUAUGAUGUAAAGUAUCUGUGAGUUUUAGUGAAUGGACUAUAACACGUGUGGCAUGGUAUGGAACAUUUUUCUUCUUACAAUUAUAGCCAGUGUACCUUUUAUCUAAUUACAUGGUGCAAAGUUCUGUCCUUUAUAUUCACGUUACUAAUCCUUUGUCACGGUAAGUGCUGUGUAAGUUGAGCACUGAUAAUCCUCACAUCACUGACAGUAGACCGAAGUUGGAUAAGGAACUACACACACACACGCACACAUGCACACAUGCACACAUGCACUCGCACAGAGAGAUACAAGCUGAGGUUAAGAAAACAUAGACAAGCAUCAGUAUUUUCCAGGGAGUCUCCAUUAUUUCUGGCAUGGGGUCUCUAAUGGUAUUUCAUUGUAAUUGCUAUGAUGUCAGAAUGUCCGUCCGCCCUAAUGGGCUUCUAAAAACAACAACAAGGACAGAUUGGUUCCAUUCACUGGUUGUUGUCCGGGCAGAGAGACACCAGAGUCCAGCAGCUCAAAUCUCUGCAAGACCUUCAGCUGAAAAGCAUGCAUCUCCAUACCCUGUCCCUCUCUGUCCUCCUCCUCCUGGUUGCCAGGACAGCUGUGGUGUGCGUUACCGUGACAACCUCACUUCAUGGUUUCCGAGGCUGCGCUGUGCGAGAGUUCUCCUUUGUGGCCCAGAAGCCCGGCUGCAAGGGACUGCGCAUCACCACCGAGGCCUGCUGGGGGCGCUGUUACACCUGGGAGAAACCUGUACCGGAUCCCCCUUAUAUUCACCGCCACCACCGCGUGUGUACGUACAGUCAUACCCGCCACAUGACCGCCCGCCUGCCGGGCUGCCAGCCCAACGUCUCUCCUCUCUACCACUAUCCCAUGGCUCUGCAGUGCCACUGUGCCGUCUGCUCCACACAGGACACAGAGUGUGAGACCUUCUGAUGGGCAGGACUCUGCUUUCAGCAAACAAUGUUAUUAACAGUCUUACUGACAUGAAUGACUCAAUAAAAGUAUGAUAUUGAGA